UUGACUAUUAAUAAAAUGCGUAUUGAAACAUGUUAUUUUUGUUCAUCACGAGUGUAUCCAGGACAUGGAUUACAAUUUGUUAGAAAUGAUUGCAAAAUAUUUAAAUUUUGUCGUUCAAAAUGUCAUGCAGCAUUUAAGAAAAAGAAAAAUCCAAGAAAAACAAAAUGGACAAAAGCAUACAGAAAAACAGUUGGUAAAGAAUUGGCUGUUGAUCCAUCAUUUGAAUUUGAAAAACGUAGAAAUAUACCAUUGAAAUAUAACAGAGAAUUAUGGCAAAAGACUGUUCAAGCAAUGAGAAAGAUUGAAACAAUUAGACAAAAACGUUGUAAUACACAUAUUAUGCAAAGAUUACGAAAAGGUAGAGUCUUGGAACAAGAAAGAGAUGUCAAAGCAGUCCAAAGAGAUUUGGCUAUUGUUAGAUCACCAGCUGCUGGUCUUAAAGCUAGAAAUAAAGCACAAGAAGAAAUUGAAAAUGAUGAUGAUGAACAAAUGGAAGAUUCUGAUGAAGAAAUGGAUACUGGACCAAUUGCCAUUGAGGUCUAA